UCCCAGUCAUUCUUGCUCUCCCUGCCUCUUCUCGUUUCGUUCCCAUUUUCUGUUCAUGCCCUUUUCCCUUGUUUGCUAUAUCUGAUUCCUGAGCUGACCUUCCCUUCUCUACUUCGCUCCUCUCAUCUCCAAACCCCGACUGGUGGGGUUACGUUCAUUCUUUUUUCCUGCCUUGCGCCACUGAGCGCGCUCCAAAGGCUUCUUUCUUGUACACCAUGGGUCUCUCAAAAACCCACAGGAUCUUGAUCCUGCUGGUGAUAGAUACGGCAUUUUUCUUGCUAGAGCUGAUUGCCGGAUAUACCGUGCACUCCCUUGCUCUAGUUGCCGAUUCAUUUCAUAUGCUCAAUGAUGUUAUCUCCUUACUGGUCGGACUGUGGGCAGUCAAAGUCGCCAAUCGCGAAACGACGUCCAAGAUGUACACAUACGGGUGGCAACGCGCGGAAACUCUCGGUGCCCUCGUGAAUGGUGUUUUCCUGGUCGCUUUGUGUUUAUCGAUUUUCCUGGAGGCCAUACAACGACUGGUGGAGCCUCAGGAGGUCAAGAACCCCAAAUUUGUCUGUAUCGUCGGCUGUUUGGGCCUGUUGUCCAACAUCGUCGGUCUGGCGUUGUUCCAUGAUCACUCUCACGGACAUGGCGGUCACGGCCACAGUCAUGGACACGACGAGAUCGAUGAUGUCAAUGCUGCAGAGCAGGGGUAUAAUUCUCACGACCAUGGCGAACCGACUGGCAUUGAUAAGCGGAAGGCUACGGCGAAUAAUGAGGAUUCGCAGGAUGCCAUCGAACCGUCAUCGCCCUAUUCUCGCAGACGCCGCACCCUUGACAGCCAGAACCGCAACUCGCACCGCUAUAGCACCUCCACCCGUGACUUUGAUCCUGAAGAGAUCCAAGUGCAUCCGGCUACCUUGAGACAGGAGAUCAUCGCGGCUAGUCGCACGCGAUUUGUGGACGAGGAACAAUCCUCCGAGUCAGAGACUGUCUCAAGAGAGGGAAGUGUUGAGCCAUCGGAACGCUCAACCCUACUUCCCAAGGACCGAACCCGAAACUACACCGAUGAAGAUCAUACUCCUUUCCCGACGGCCGAUCACAGGGCCGACGACGACAUUCACCAAUCUCACAACCAUGCGCAGCCCAAGCCUAAGGAGAACAGUAAACACGGUCACGGCCACGGCCACGGUCAUGAUCUUAACAUGCGAGGUGUAUUCCUGCAUGUCAUGGGUGACGCCUUGGGAAAUAUCGGCGUGAUCGUCUCCGCUCUGGUAAUUUGGCUUACCGAUUACGAAUGGCGAUUCUACGUGGACCCCGGCAUCUCGCUGGUGAUCACUGUCAUUAUCCUCGCCUCGGCCAUUCCCCUCUGCAAGGCCGCUUCCCGCAUCCUUCUCCAGGCCGUCCCGCCCGGCAUGAGUAUCGACCACAUCAAGGAGGACAUCGAAAGACUGCCCGGCGUUAUCGGCUCUCAUCAUCUCCACGUGUGGCAACUGAGCGACACCAAGAUCGUGGCUUCGAUUCACAUCCAGGUGGACACGGAAAUCAAGGGAGAGGGUUCGGAGCGGUACAUGCGUCUUGCAAGACAGGUUAGAAAGUGCCUGCAUGCCUACGGAAUUCACUCUUCGACCAUCCAGCCCGAGUUCGCACCGGAGAGCGACGUUGACGAGUCCACGGUAGCUCCGUCCUACUCCCGCGGAAGUAGCAGCGACCCGUCGGCUGCCAACCAUCCUUCCAACCGACCCGACAGCAUUCGGGACGGCGACCCUCAAGCGUGUCUACUCGAGUGUGGCGACGAAUGUGCUCGGGGAGGUCAAUGCUGUCCUACCAAGCCCACCUGACUCAGUCCCUUUUUUCACUUUUCUUUAACCUUUUUGACUGCUACGCGCAUCUCAUUCAUUCUUGUCGUUACCUCCAAAAGAUGGUUUCUUUUCAUCGUUCAUACCCUCAUUGCAUAUCUGCAUUACAUCCAUGUGAUCGCUGUCGUUAAUACCGUUAUUCAGGGUGGAUAUCUUGGAUGCUGAAGACCUGAUACUAAUAGAUAAAAAGACUAAAGCGAUGGAUUGACUCUUGGGUUGGCAGGCAUCAACCGCAUUUGGUCAUUUUCGUCGUUACUUGUAUUCUUAGCAAUAUACUGGGUUUUCUCUCUUUGUGAAG